UUGACAUUUACACGCUGACGAGUAUUGUUGAUGUCCGCGGGCAAAAGAAAAAGAAAUUUACCUUUUGGAAAGUUUGUUUGUAUUAUCGCAGCUGUAACACGUCCGCGAUCCUUUCGGAAUCGAUGAAAGGAAGAUGAAAGUCCUGUCCCAACACCUCACCAAAACAAUCUUCACAAAAUGAAGCGCAUGCGGGUCAAAGCAGAACCGAGCAGUAAUCAUGUUUACGUGGAGGAACCGUACACGACGGACUAUUCCGAUUUCCCACCGGCGCAACAAAAAUCGCCCCCCAUAGAACGAUGGCUGGAGGCGCAAAUACUGCCGGGUGAUACGCUACAAGCCAUUGCGCUUCGAUUCAACUGUUCGAUACCACAGCUGAAAAAGUUGAACAAGAUUGAUAAGGACAACGAAAUCUAUGCACGCAACGUGAUACGCGUUCCGGUGACACCUCACUCGAUUCUGCUGGAAACAUUGCCGCGUGUGCACACGAGCGGUAACAGCAGUCCGAAAAACAUCACAAACACUCCACCGAACGUGGACCAUGUUCCGGCGGGCACGUCGAAAGCUACGCUCGACGAGAAACUCAUUCUUGCCGCCGUUAGCAACGCAUCUAUUCAACCGAGCAGCAGUGCAGCAACACAGUUUCCUAAAAAGUCUUCCGGCAAACAGCACAGGGAUCUUAGCGCGCGAUCGAACGAAAUAGAGCUGGAAGAGCUGCACGGUGAGGCGGACGGACUAGCGAGCCAACCGUUGCUGCUGAGCGGUGAAUAUGACGAUAGUAUUCCGCAACCGCGCUCGCUCCGGUUGCCGGCAAACGAUUUUUCGUGCAAUGGAAGCGAUUGUGAUAUUUCCUGGAUUUGUUUGCUCGUCUUUAUCCUAGCGCUUUGCUUUGCAAUUCCACUUAUUUAUGUAGUGUAUGUGGCGGAACACAUAGACAAAUAUCAUCACGAUAGUUUUAAUCACAUUAACAAUCACAGCUCCAAACUGUGACCACCAGAAGACCCGGGAAGGCAUUACAAAGUAUGUUUGUGUGCAUUUUUUUUAAAGUAUCUUAUCUGUAAAAGGUAUUCUG